GUCUCAGCGAACUUCAAGCGUAACACCUCUUCUAGAGCAUUGCGUGGCUGCCUUGAUAAGGCUCUCUUUCCAACCCAUUCUGCUUUAUCUCGGGCAGCAAGGCGUAACGCCGCCCGCUCUUGCAAAAUUUUACUUAGCGUUCGGACAAAACAUCCAGAGCAACUUCAAGUUGAAGGCUGGAAAAUGCGCCGCCGCCACCAUUGGAAACAUAUGAAUACAUGGGCUCACAAGGCCGACACGGCGAGCGUGUCUUACUUGCCAUCAAACGGCCAGAUAUACAACCAGGGAUUGAAGUUGUGUAUGGGCUAUCGCACAACGUAUCAAACGCGGCGGAACAACAAUUCCGCAGUGCAGGAACUAUCUGACGACCAGUCAACCAUGAACGAACGAACCGUCGGCGGCGGAGUCAAUAUUCACAUCAUUCCACAUAAUCUCAUGCGUGGCACAGCCCUGCCAGUGAUAGUACAAUGUGCUAGUACUCACCAUCUUGCGUGCAGUGCCGUGGCGGAAAUUUUCUCCAGACUAUGCAUGAUAGCCUUCUGGUGGUAAAAGGUCGAUGGGCUGGCCCAUCGGUUCACUUCCACCCCGAACUCUCUUGCAUGGUCCAGGAUUGGAUUGUUCCCCGGCAUGAACGCAUUCCCGGCUCCUCGAGGAUGGACUUUCCAGGCUAUCUCUGCAACUGUACGCCGAUACUAGGACCGCCUCUUGCCCAGCUUCAUAUAAUAUAACAACUCUGCCCUAUGUUCUGCUCCCUUUCAACAAGGAUCUAGUGCCAGGGUCGAGCAUAUCCCAAGACAGACAUACAACCCCACUUUACCUACCGAACAAAGAUACUCUGUACUAUUGUGUCUCGAAAUAACACGAUACUUCCCUAUUCCACCCUGUGCUUUCCGAUUCCCCUUUUCUCCCACUUGAAGGCAAACCAAACUCCAGCCUGUCCUUAUCAUCCCUCCUCGGACUAAAGCUUCGAUGGUCCAGCGUGAGCGAACGCAUCAACCAGCACAACCUUUGCACGUCACACAUCGUGUGCCAGUCGCAUUGCCGCACGAGAUUGACAUGGAGAACCAACACCAGCAUCCUCGGGCGGCUCACAACGCCGCCAGCACGACGGCCACGUCUCUCGAAGAUACAUUAUCCCGCUUGAUCACGGCAUUCCACAUCCUACACCAUCAAGGUCUCCUGGACGAAUGUGGACACGUCUCGGUGCGCAACCCGGAUGACCCGUCGACCUUCUUCACCAGCAACGUCCCUGCAAUAUUAGUAUCGUCGAGACGACAUCUGAGCCAGUGGAACGUGACGGAUGGGUCGCCGGUCACCGACCCUGUCGGUGGAUGCACAGCAUCGGAGCCCACGCCUGAUUCCGAACACUUCAUGGACAGCUGCAUCUACGACAUGUAUCCGGGAGUGCAGAGCGUCGUGCACUCGCAGUGCCUAAGCACAAUGGUGUAUGGUCUAUGCAAUAGUCGCGGCAGUAUGUUGCAAGCGACUUACCAAGGAGCAGGGUUCCUGGGCGACCAUACGCCGAUUUUCGACGCGGAGCACCAUUACUCAACCAGGUUAUCCGACCCGUAUCCGCGGAACCUGUGUAUCAACAAUCUGACGCUUGGUGACAGAUUGGCACAGACAUUCACUCGGGACCAAGAUAUGGAGAUGGAUGAGCGGAUGGGCAGCGAGGUGGAUGGGGCCGUUGGUCUAGACGACAAUAACUGUCCCGACUGUUGCGUGGUGUUUUUGCGUGGACAUGGAUUCGUGACUUGGGCGGUCAGCAUUGAGGACGCAGUCUAUCGAGCCAUUCAUCUGCGUCGUAACGCUGAUAUUCAAACCAACGCCAUGGCGCAGCGGAACAGUACGGAUAUGGAAGUGGUUUACCUCAGCCCGAGAGAAGCUAGGGACUGUAAGGAGACGAUCAACAAGGCGACGCCGCAGGUGUGGAUGGCUUGGUCGGCGCACGCUGAACGCUCGGGCUUGUACCGCACCGAACGAGGUGGAGGUGGACGCAGUACAGGAGCGGGGGAGGGAAGUACAGCCUCGUUACCUUGUCCCUAGAGGAAGGAGACCGCACUGAUCAAUGUCGCGAUGCGUUGAGUUCGUGGCAUGAGGACUGUUCUCUCACUGUGCAGCUUGCACCCGGCUUGAACCCCUUGGUGGGUCGAUAUCGACUCUCACUACAAAUGUUAUCCAAGCUCUCCCCGUGUUUUCAGCUGUUAUAAUCACAUUGUCAAGCCAUCUUUGAGACCAUCAACUUCCCACAAUGUCCUUGUGUCAGCUGUACAUGUAUACUCUAUACACCAAGCACUUAUAUACACCUCAAACCAGCCAGCCAUCUAGAUUAUAGUCUCAUUCUCCCG